CUCAGCUGAACUCACCUCUCCUGUCAACAUGUCCUACAGCUGCUGCUCUGGAAACUUCUCCUCCCGCUCCCUUGGGGGCUUCCUGCGCUACCCAGGCUCCUCCUGUGGCUCUUCCUACCCCAGCAACCUGGUCUACAGCACUGAUCUCUGCUCUCCCAGCACCUGCCAGCUGGGCUCCUCUCUCUACGGUGGCUGUCAGAAGACUUACUGGGAGCCCACCAGAUACCAGACGUCCUGUGUGGUGUCCAGCCCCUGCCAGAGGUCCUGCUACCGUCCAAGGAUCUCCACAGUCUGCAGUCCCUGCCGGUCAACUUAUGCCAGGUCACUGGUCUCUGGGUCCAGCAGCUGCUGCUCCCUGAGCUAUGGAUCUAGAAGCUGCUACUCACUGGGCUGUGGAUCCGGUGGCUUCGGACCCCUGGGUUAUGGAGUCUGUGGCUUCCCUUCCCUGAGCUAUGGAUCCAGUGUCUGCUACCCAAUCUACUUUCCUUCCAGGAGUUUCCAUUCACCUUGUUACUAGCCACUCUGUAGAUCUGGCUUCUACUGAUUGAUUUGUAGAAAAGCCAAACCCAUUUGAGAAAUGCCGAUUCUGUACUGAGAUUAUCUAUUAUCUUGUUUUCCUCCAUUGAAAAGUAUUCUAAUAUUCCCUGACCACCACCAGUUCUUUACCUCUCCAGCCCUUAACACUGGCUGAUAGAUGAACUCUGUCAAACUGAAAAAUUAAUGAGCAAUUCAAAUUGCACUGAUGAUACAAUUUCUGGU